AUUCUCGGUGAAGAAGUAUCUGAAAUGAUCAUGGCUCGUGAAGAGUACUGCAAACCUGUCCGAUUACUCCUAAGAGAAAUGAUUAGAUUCUUCCACAGAAAUGAAUUUCCUUUCCAUACUUUAGCUAAUAGCUAUCUGUCCACAAUAGUGGAAGAAGUUGCGAAGAGUGAACAUGGAAUUCAGGAUCAUGUCUUUCGAAGUGCAUGUGAGCUGCUCAGUGCGGUAACGCUCAUGUCAAUUAGUGCUUCUGUCAGAGAAGCGUUUAAUGCGCGUCGUACUGGAACAAACUACACUCCAGAUUUGGUAAUUGUGCAUGAUCGAUUCGAAGCGGCUUUUACCGAGUAUUUGGAAGGCGUGUUAAGGUAUACUUGA